AACUCAUAUUCAAUUCAUUUACUUACCCUAGUGUAUUUUAUGCAUUUCGUAUUUUACAAAUCUUAAAUCACAAAUUGAUUAUCUAAGUACCAAAUGAGUAAUUUGAGAAAUGAAAAUAGUAAGGUAAUUUCAUCCGAUUGAGCCAUGCUACGUCAGCUGACAGGCAGUGUAAAGCGCUUCUACUCAAAAUUGAGUGGGCACCAGGCUGCGCUAAUGGCUCGGGGAUUGCCUAAAAAAAAACAUAUUAUUGGUGUGCAGGACAUUAUAGUUAUUGCCUCUGGAAAAGGGGGUGUUGGCAAAAGCACCGUCGCAGCUAAUUUUGCCUGCAGCAUGGCCAGACUGGGAAAGCGUGUGGGUCUGUUGGACGGAGAUAUAUUCGGGCCGACUGUUCCCCUUCUAAUGAAUGUACAUAAUGAGCCGGCUGUCAACGAUCGGAAUUUUAUGAUUCCCCCGCAAAAUUACAAUGUUAAGUGUUUGUCCAUGGGCAUGCUCACACCUCCUGAAAGCUCAGUUAUCUGGCGCGGACCUCUUGUCAUGUCAGCAAUUCAACGGCUCCUACAAGGUGUCGAAUGGGGUCAGUUAGAUGUCCUGGUUAUAGAUACUCCACCGGGAACCGGAGAUGUUCAUCUGUCGCUAACUCAGCAGGCAUAUAUUACAGGUGUCAUCUUGGUAACAACUCCUCAUGCUGCUGCCGUUCAAGUUACAGUGAAGGGUGCAAGGAUGUACGAAAAGUUAAAUGUUCCUAUCUUCGGUCUAGUGGAGAACAUGAAAUACGCGAUUUGCAAAAAUUGCAAUCAACCAAUGCAGUUUUUUAAAGACAACUUAAUGAAAUCCCUCCCCCGUAAGCUAAUUUCCCUUCCGCUUGACUCACACAUAGCUGAGUGUUGCGAGAGUGGUGUGCCUGUUGUUAUAAAGUAUCCCGACAGCGAGUACUCAAGCCUGUUUACCGAGUUGGCUCUGCAGAUUUCUGAAAUUCUGGAUAAAAAGAAUUACGAUAAACAAAGAAGUGACUUCUAAGUUAAAGAAAUGCUUGUACUUACAUAAGUGUUUUUAUUAAAAAAAAGUAUAGCUAAAA